CAGGGUUUCUUGCUAAAGGUUAAAAAAAAAAUACUAAAUCAGAGUUUUCUUUUUAUCCAAAUAAUCUGAUUAUUCAGAUUGGAAAAUUGUUUGUGCAGUGUUGAUUGAAAAAUUGUUGAGAGCAAGUUCUGAGAUUGGGAAGAUCUUCCUUCUGAUGAGAUCCAGGGAUCAAGAAUCAGCCAACAAGAGACUCUAUGAUGAGGUUUUGUUUAAACAUUUCUAUUUUCAACUCUAUUUUUUCGUUCUUUUUCCUUUUUCCACUUUUGUAUCCCUUUUGCUUAAGCUCGAAUCUGUUCAAGCUUCUGAAGCAAAUGCACGGGAGUUCUUACGAAGCCUUCACGAAGAGCCAGUUGGAUCCAGUAAUUGGAGACAUUGUAGAAGACAAUCUAGGGAUCGAAUCUGAAAGUACUGUACUUGUGUCUUAUAGUACUGUACUUGUGUCUUAUAUAUGAGUAAAUAUUAUAUCAUAAUUAUGGCCCAUAUGGAUCCUCAAUCUGCUCGUUACUAUAUCGCUUUACGAGGAGAGCUACCAUUUAAUUAUGUUUAUCAUAUUGUUUCACUCCCUUUCGCAAAAUUCUAUUCAUCAGUUAGUACACAACAAACGUUACAAAUUUAUCCGAACACUUAGUGGUUCACCUUUUAAGUUUUGUUCUAGCUGACUGUAUAUACUAUGUUUUCGUUUAUUACAAUUUACAAGAAAACUUCUUGUUACAAUCGAUCAAUGUGUACAAAUCUGAACUUUAGACCAAUUAGAUAGUUAGACUGUGCAAAAUACAAAAGAAGCUCUCUUCACCAUUUUUUUUUUUGGUAAGCAGUCUAUUACUCAUUUAGAAUGGAAAAGAUUCAGUAGACAAAAGCCAUAUAAAACACACAAAUUACAUCUAUUUCUUCUUCUUGUUGUUGAUAACUAAAAAUGGCUAUCACAAAUCUCCUUGCCUCAAGCAACCCCGUCAAAUUGGAUGCCUUCAGCUACUUCUCCUCUCUCUCGGGCAAACAAAACCACUACUUGACUUGUCGUUUGACGCAGACGACUCGUAGAGUCCAAACUUCUUGUUGUAAUCAUGAGACGUCUUUGAAAGCUGUGACGUCGCUAGAGAUGCAUGAGGCUGACACACGUCGUAACUGUGACGGAGUUGGAAUUCUCCGUUUCUUAAAAGCGAAAAGCUAUCUCGUUACUGGUGCAACAGGGUUUCUUGCUAAAGCGUUGAUUGAGAAACUGUUGAGGGCAAGUCCUGAGAUUGGGAAGAUCUUUCUUCUGAUGAGAUCCAAGGACCAAGAAUCAGCCAACAAGAGACCUUAUGAUGAGAUCAUUAGCUCGGAUCUUUUCAAGCUUCUGAAGCAAACGCAUGGCAGCUCCUACGAAGCCUUCAUGAAGAGCAAGCUGAUUCCAGGAAUUGGAGAUAUUGGAGAAGACAACCUCGGGAUCGAAUCUGAAAUAGCUGAAAUGAUUAGUGAAGAGACUGAUGUCAUUAUCAAUUGCUGUGGUCGUACAACAUUUGACGACAGAUACGACUCUGCCAUAAAUGUCAAUGCUCUUGGACCUGGUAGGCUCUUAAGCUUCGGAAAGGAAUGCAAGAAACUGAAACUUUUCCUACAGUUUUCAACUGCUUACGUGACUGGUAAGAAAGAGGGGAUAGUACUAGAGACUCCUCUCUGCAUUGGAGAAAACAUAACUUCUGACUUGAACAUCGACUCCGAGCUGAAACUAGCUUCAGAAGCUGUAAGAAAGUUCCGUGGCAGUGAAGAAACCAAGAAACUGAAAGAACUCGGUUUUGAAAGAGCUCAACAUUAUGGAUGGGAAAACACUUACACAUUCACAAAAGCCAUGGGUGAGUCUAUAAUUCACAGCAAGCGAGGAGACUUACCCGUAGUGAUCAUACGGCCUAGUAUUAUCGAAAGCUCUUACAAUGAGCCUUCCCCUGGCUGGAUCCAAGGAAUAAGAAUGGUUGAUCCAAUCAUCAUCGCCUAUGGCAAAGGCCUGAUUUCUGGCUUCUGUGCAGAUUCUACAUCUUUGAUGGACAUUACACCUGUUGAUAUGGUUGCUAACGCGGCAAUAGCAGUCAUGGCAAAGCAUGGUUCUGGUGGUGUCCAAGAGCUCAAAGUUUACAAUGUCACUUCUUCAUCUCAUUCGAAUCCCCUGCGAUUUGGCGAGCUGAUGGACCUAUCUUAUCAACAUCUGCGUAACUCUCCCUUGGGAGAAACAGUGAUUGACUUAGCACCUAUGAAAUUCCACAGUUCCUUAGAAUGUUUCAGCUCUUCUGUAUAUAACGAUAUAAGAAAACAGGAAAGAGAUUCACAUAUAUCCACAUUGAGCAAGAAGGGAAACAGGAGGCUGGACUAUUUUGUGUCCCUGGCAAGAAUAUAUAAGCCUUACAUGUUCUUUCAAGCGCGGUUUGACGACACCAACACAACAACUCUGAUACAGGAGAUGUCAAUGGAAGAGAGAAAGAUGUUUGAGUUUGAUGCCAGAGGCAUUGACUGGGAGCAUUACAUUGUCAACGUUCAUAUUCCAGGUCUCAAAAGGCAAUUGUUUCAGGGACGAUCCAGUUAAAGAGACUGUGAUUUAAGUGCUUGUGACCUUGUGUUGUGCACACUCAGUGUAUCAUCAGCUAUCUUUACAAAAAAAAUUUGUUUUUAAUCAAAGAAUUUUCAGGAUUUUACUUCA